CGAAACCCGGAUAUCUCGACAACCCACCCCUUCCCUCAACUAUUGCUCCCAGUCCUUUCCCAAUAUUUCCGCAUUCCUUGUCAAUUCUCCUUCCUAGACACCCAGACACCCAGAUACCCAGGGACCCAAAUAUCUCACCCUCUUUUUUCGAGAAGAAAAAAAAAGAAGUAGAAGACUACUCGUAGAAGUCCAUUGACAAUUCUACGCCUUACCCACACACCCAAACGCUAAACCACUAAAAAUCAUCUACCAUUUCAACCUGAUUGUACAUUAUUUCUUGUAUCGAAUCUAUAAAAUCGGCAUCGGCGCAUUAUUAACUAUCAAGAAAGAGUACCUGCCGCAUUGUAUCCCGAGCUUCUAGUUCAGCCCAGAAGCAGCCUCCAUCUCGAGAUCUCUUCUCCGCCCUGCAGCAAUCGCAUGGUUCCUUCCGAGGCAUCUUAAUAACCUUCGUGCCACCUUGGAAACUACCACUUCACUCCAACGUCAGUUCAAUCCCGUAAGAUCGAAUUACAACCUCAGUAAGAUCUAUCUAAAUCUUUCUUGCGAUUUCUCGACUCCUUGAAAGGAUCAAUCACUUCUCCAACUCCAAGACGCGCUCUACAAACAGAUUCUACAAACAGAUAUAAUUUUGCGACGCGAAUAGUUCGUGUCCAGACCCUGAGUAUUCGCAGAAGGUCUCGAGUCUCAAGAGCGCAUACAUAAGAAAAGAAAAGGAUUGUUGGACUAGGCUCACUUCUUAUUGAGAGAAUAAAUUUGCGGAUUCACAAAACUCGAUUCACACCAAAUUCGAAAACGCGCCACUGCAAAGACACUUUGCCUCAUCACAUCUCACAUUCACCACUGAUCCAAUAUAUCGUCUCAUCAGACGAACCUUUGGCUCGUGCCUCAGACACUGCAGUAUCCCGAACCAGCAUCACUCAAAAGAGGUGCAAACAUAUUCUCAAGUUCUGAGAACCAUUGCUAGCUCACACGAAGCAGUGUUUUUACGGUACGGUACUUCUUGGAAUCAAAGAACACGCAUGCGCAGUCGCGUCUAGGAGAUCAUUUCCAUCCAGCGAAAUCAAGCCAAGAGACUCGAGCAAUAUCAGCGUUCCAUCAAUUGGAAAAGCAUAUUCUUCUGAGUUGAGAAGGAUUAAAAGAAGAGGCAACCAAUUUUAACCGGUCUGUACGAUUGCCCGUACGUUGUGACAUUCCCGCAUCCCAUCCCCGCCCACCCAGUGUCCAGAUUGGCGGAUUUUUACAUAGUACCUGAUCGUGAAAAUUGUCGCGGUCAAUUUUUUUAUUUUUUUUUAUUUUUGAAGCCAUCCAUACAUUGGACAGUGACCUACUAGGUAGUCAUCAAUAAUAAGACUUUUUGAAAAAAGUGAAAAGCGGCAAAAUCCCCUCAAAAGAAGUCAAUCUAAAAGGUCACUUUACUUUUGAUUGGAACGAAGAACUUUCGAUCACGUUACUCUACUUAAUUCACUCACUACGGUCACUCUGGUCAUUACGGCCCAAUCUAAAUCUUUGCAAAGUAUUUUCUAUUUAAUAUUCUUGCAUACGACUUACAGCCUCUCGAACACUGGUUCCCGAGACACAAAGCAACCUUCGAGACACGGUACCAGAUUCCAAAACUUGGUACGAACGCCUGAUCCAAGCGUCGAUCACGUCCUAUAAUCUUCUCUUAUUCCUCUUUACUUCAUUUUUCUAGCCAAGGGAAUCUUGAAAAGAACCAUCUCAUUAUGGAUAUCAAAGAAAUAGUUAAUUCGAAAGGAGUGAAAGGAGCAGCAGCGGCGGCAGCAGCAUCAGCUAGUGGUCAAGCUCAGGCUCAAGAUUUACACUUACUCCAAACUAUAUCGCAAGCCAACGGAAUGCGCAUGUCUGACACUGGAUCCGAGAGAGGUACUUCUCCUCAUGGUUCUGAGCAUUCUCAAUAUUCUACACCACGAAUGGGAAUGAAUGUAAUGAACGGAGCACCAAAUGGCAUGCGUUAUCCUUCACCUCCCGGUAUGCAAAAUGCGAUGCCAAUGAUGCAACAACCUUACCGCCCUGAUAUUCCUUUCGAUAACAGUAUGAUGCCCACACAACAACAAGAUAACACGCGUCAACGUCAACCUGGAGAUGUCACAGUCACAAAAGCUUUCCCUUGUAGUACAUGUGGCAAAGGAUUUGCUCGCCGAAGUGACCUUGCAAGACAUGAGCGAAUUCACAGUGGUGUCCGACCCCAUGUCUGUGAUUAUCCGGGUUGUGGCAAACAAUUCAUUCAAAGAUCAGCUUUAACAGUCCACCUUCGAGUUCAUACUGGUGAAAAGCCUCACACUUGUGAACGUUGUGCAAAGCCCUUUAGUGAUUCCAGUUCUCUUGCUAGACACAGGCGCAUUCAUUCCGGAAAGCGUCCAUACAAGUGCCCAUAUGCCGAUUGUCAAAAGACUUUCACCCGAAGAACCACUUUGACACGCCACCAAAACCAUCAUACCGGAACUGUCGAAGAGGCUGCUGCCGCAACUGCUGCUGCUCUCGCCACUCGACCUGGUAAUAACAGACCUAGCAGACAACGUUCCGAUGGCGAGUCAUAUUCAAACAAUGGAUCUCCAAUGUCAACUCCUUCACCAGGCCGACAUCUCUCUGCUUCUCCAAGUUCUGACAUGGCACCAAUGAAUGGCAUGCAGCGCCACCCUGGUGAUUACGGCUACAUGAAUAACAGCUCUUUACCUGGUCAUCUUCGUGGUGACUAUGGUGUACCAAGCCAGCCACCACCAGUUUCUACUGCUUUUGCAAAUGGUAUGCAGCAACAACGACCUACCUCCCACCCAACCGGUUAUGGCCCACCAAACAUUCUAGAGCCUCCUGCCAACAUGGAACAACGUCAACCUGGUAGCGCAAAUGGUAGCCCACACAUGACCAACAUGGGUUGGCAAUCACCAUCUCACAUGGGAUCUCCAUCGCAUAAUAACAACUAUGUCUAUCCAGACCCUGAUCCGUAUGGAUCUGGCGCAGCGAUUGGUCAGAUGUAUUACCCAAAUUCAAAUAUGAGAAGACCACAAAGCACGGAGCCAGAACAAUAUGAUAUGAAGCCAAGAAUGGGCGAUCUAUGGGCCACAGCUCAAUGAUGAACAUAUCGUAUUGUCUGGAACUUUCUUUCUCUGCCUGCUUUAAACGAUUCUCUGGUUUUCAUAGUGCUAUGAAUCUUUUCAUGAACUAUGUUUGAUACCCUGUACACAUCACGACUCAUUCUUUCAUUUCUUUUUGAUCGUUCACUCUUGAUGUUCGACAGUACUGCAUACUAUCAAAAAGGCUUUUCUAUCUCGAUAUUGGCGUUCUUGAGAUUCUACUGCGAUCUUGUGAUUUUUAGGCGGUUUUCUUUCGGUGGAAUAAAGAAUCUCUAGACAUCAUGAAGCAAACGACCUUGUUUUCUGAUUAAAUAACUUCGGGGUUGUGGCACAUGGCAAUAAUGAUGAUAUUGGUCUCUUACCUUUCACAUUCAUCACACUUGGUAUCAAGUUUCACGGCACCCACUUUCACGUUGGACUGGCUCGCUCUUAGGGCUACACAUUUUGGUGUGGGAUGUUUGCAUUAGCUUUUGUGAUAAAUUGAGCAGUAGGGCUCAAAUUCUUUACUUCUUACUUUAUUGUAAAGUAGUAAUUCCGGGAUUGGGUUGGUCUGGUCUUGUUUGGGGCGAGGGACGGGAGGUGAAUAAAUUGAUGGGCGGGAUGCUUGCUAGGAGGCUGCUUUUUUGCUGCAUUUGCUGGCGCCAAAAUUAUGUGUAGAAUUGCCACUAAUGAAGAAAUUUUAAAA